AUGUCGCGCGUCAUCGGCCAGCUUGGAGCACUGACACUUCUAGCUCAACUCGUGCUCCUCCUCCAACUAUCUUGGACCAGCACAGCUGUGCCCAUAGUUCCGGUAAAGCGCGGAAUGCCAGCAGAAAUAGUUGAUAAGCUCAUGAGCAAGGACAUCGACCAAGUUCGUCAAGCCUUCAACCUCGCUUACACUGCAUCUGAUCAGAUCGAGCAGCAGCUCAGAGUGCAAGAGAAUAGCCUCUUCCAUAGAUUGUCGCAAAACGUGGAGCAAGACUUGCGCCAGGUCAAGGCUGAUCAGGUGCAAGUUCCUCCAAAGAACCACAAACGCGUUCGAAGUCCUGCUGGUAAAUCCUAUUCUGCAUAG